GAUGCGUCUCUCUCGUCUUGAAGAGAGAGAAAGCCACCCCAGCUUUCUUUCUUCUCUUCUCUUCUCUUCUCAUUUUCUUUGCUUUUAGAGAGAGAAAGAGACCUAGAUUUCUCUCCUCCCCUUCUCUCUGCAACUCUCUUUUUACAGAGAGAAAGAAACCCUAGCUUUCUGGUUUUCCAGUCAGGAAGAUGGGCUCCGAAGGUUCCAGAGUCGUCGUUCCUAGGAAUUUCAGAUUGCUGGAAGAGCUUGAGAGAGGGGAGAAGGGAAUUGGAGAUGGGACUGUCAGUUACGGGAUGGACGAUGCUGAUGAUGUAUACAUGAGGUCCUGGACAGGAACCAUCAUUGGUCCGCAUAAUACUGUUCAUGAGGGACGCAUAUAUCAGUUGAAAUUGUUCUGCGACAAAGAUUAUCCAGAUAACCCACCUUCUGUUAGGUUUCAGACGCGGAUAAACAUGACAUGCGUGAACCAGGAAACAGGAGUGGUUGAACCGGCCUUGUUUCCGAUGCUUGCGGAUUGGCAGAGGGAACAUACAAUGGAGGAUAUAUUGACCCAGUUGAAGAAAGAAAUGGCGUCUCCUCAGAAUCGGAAGCUAGCCCAGCCUCCUGAAGGAAAUUUGGGCAAGGGAAUUUUACAAGGGGCCAACAUUCUUUACAGGCAAUGAAGAGCAGAGGACGGAUCAGAAGGGGUUGGUGUUUAGGUGUUGUAUUCUCUAGAUAGAGAAAGAUGAACAAGGUAACGUGUAUAGGAGGAAUUAUUUGUUAUCUGGCUACAUCUUUGCAGAAUGUACCUGGUUUUUCAAUUUUGACAAGUGGGGCCCUUGGGUUGGUAAUCCAGUCUGUUGGUCCGCUGUGUCCUACUGUGGAUGGACUGUGAUUCUUCGAUCUCCUUGAAAGUUGUAGCUUUUCCUGGUUUAAGAAAACUACAACAAUGGUCUUCAUUCAACUGAAAAAUGUUCCACUGUUGGUUGUUAGGAUCUUCCAAUCUUGGAGAUUUUGGGCGCUGUCCAUCUGUUGUGGGAUGCAACAUGCCUCUGGUCUUGGAUUACCGAACUACAGGCUCAACUUGUCAGAUUUGAAAACCCAUCUGCAUUCUGCAUGGUCUGGGCCAUGAGUCAUAUAAUUCCUGUGUAUAAUGUCUGUACGUAGAUGCAAUUGCUGAUGGAUGGCUUCUUUAAAGAAGGCCAGGUCCGGUAGAGAUGGGCCGUGCAUUGCAAAUGCGUGAAUAAACUAUCGAGACUAAAAUACUCUGGUCAUACGUGCCUAAUAGUGCUCUUGUUGUUAUCAUUGUUAUUAUGAGGAAUGAUCUGCUAUGAAAUGCCCACAACAUAUUAGAGCGAGACA